AUGGCAAUAAAGAAAGGGAGAAGUGGCUCAACGAAACCGAGAAAAAGAAGCAAGUUGAGAAGCAUGAUCGAUGAUGAUUACAGCUCAGAACUAAGCAUAGCAGCAGUUGGGGAACCUGAUUAUAAUGAAGUGUUUGAAGUCGAAAAAAUUGUCAUGGCUAGAUACAAAUUAAACAUAAAAAGGAAAAAAAAUAGGAAGGAAGAAAGUCUUGAUAAUUUUGAAUUCUUUAUAAAGUGGAAAAAUUACGACAGUGAUGACAACACAUGGGAACCAUUUGAAAAUUUAAGUUCAACAUUAAAGGGCCAAGCAAGAAAAGCAGCUCUAAAGUUAACAGAAGAAUUAGGUAUUGUAAAUGAAAAUGAAGAUAACCCUGUGAAUAAUAUUGGGAAUGGUGCUUCUGGUAUAGCAGGUGUUGUAGGUGCAAGUCCAGGAAAAAAUAUGAACGGCAUAAACAAUAUGAACACCAUGGGUGCUAUAAAUACUAUGAACUUCAUUGGUACGGUGAACGGAGUGAGUGUUAGCAAUAUAAAUAAGAAGAAAAAAGGAAUUAUGAAUUCUAUGAAAAAUGAUUUAAUGGAAAAAAAUAGAACAAUAUUAGGAGUAGGAGAAGAAGAAGGGGAAGAAGUACGGGGAUCAAAAAUAAUUUCCAAUGAAUUAGAUCCAGAAAAUAAUAAUACAAAUAAUCGCCUCAGAAGAAAUAUGACGAGAGAUGCUGAAGACUAUGAAGAUGAUGACGAAGAGGGAGAUCUAAUAAAAAAUAACAACCUUUUUAAAAAUAUGAACAUGAAUAUGAACAUAAAUACAAGCAUGAAUGCAAACAUCAGUGAGCACUACGAAAAGAAUGACACGUUUACGCAUCGAAAAAAAUUGGGAAGUAUUAAAAGCAUUUUAUGUAUAUCUAACAGAAUUAAUAAUAUUGGAAUUUUGAAUAAAAAUAAAAAAAUGGAAAAUCAUUCAAAGAAUAAAAUGUUGGAACAUCUAGACAAAAAUUAUCAUAUAAGACAAAAAAAUAAAUUUAAUAAAAUUAUACAAAAUAACAAGAGCUUAUUGGAUCAUUUUGUUAAUAACAGAAAUCAAGAAUUAAAUAAUGAAAAUAGCCAAAUUGGAAGAAAUAAUGAUUUGAAUAUAUUUGAUCACCUGGAAACGAAUUAUGAUGAAGAAAAAAACGACAUGCAUCAGCAUUCAUACCUCAAUCAUAGUUAUAGUCACAGUUGCAAUCGAACCUAUGGACAAAAAUCAAGUCCAAUGCACGGUCAGAUUCAUGGCCAAAUGACUAGCCAAACGCACAUACGCAAUCAUAUCAAAAAUAGACACCACACAUAUGCAUAUAAUGAGCCAAAUCAUAUACAUGCCGAAUAUUACAGGAAAUAUAAUAGUAUGGGGUUUUCAAAUAAUGUGACAAAUGAUGAUACAUUUCUUUACUGGAAAUUUAGAGAUAAAAGGAAAUAUGAUUCUAUCAACAUGGGCCACAACAGAAACAAUUAUGCAGGGGGAAGUAACAAAAUAAGAAAUGCAGGUUGUGUGCCCGUUGGGUUUGAGAAUAAAUGCUUGAAGAAGAUAAAUUGUGGCAAUAAGUACAGCAUUACUAACAAUUGCUGUAAUAACAAUGAGGGUAGUAACAAUGGUAGUAGUAACAAUGGUAGUAGUAACAAUGGUAGUAGUAACAAUGGUAGUAGUAUCAAUGACUGUAGUAACACUGUCUGUAGUAACAAUGACUAUAGUAACAAUGUAUGUAGUAACAACGGGAGCGGUAAUAACAAGGGCAUCAAUAAUAGCGUUAUUGAACACGUUGAAAACUUAGGCAAUACCUGCGAGGGAGAAUUCAUAUCCCAAAGGCGAUGUAACUCCUCGAGCUCAUUCGAACUCAUAUACAUGACAGAUGAAAUGAUUAAUCAAUUUGGAGGAAAAUCAAAUUUCGAACUUUACAAAAAAACGUUAAACAUUGGAGAACAACUUUUUAAUAGUAAUAAUAUAGCGAGAAAUAGCAAUUCAAAUAUGAUUACAUCAUCUUCUAAUGUGAGGAGAAAUACUAAAGAUACCUUCUACAUGAACGAUUUCUAUAAUGGACAAAACAAUCAGCAGUACCACCUUGUAGUAAAAAACGAGCUUGCUGAUGAAGAUAAUAUGAAUACCAAGGAUAAAAGACAAUUUCUCGCACCAAAUUUAAAUAUCGACAAAGGAUUAGAGAAUGAAAAAAUUAGCAAUAGCAGUCGUAGCAACAGUAGUUGCCUAAACAACAACAAUGGAAUAGUUUCUGGAUCUCAGAUCCACUAUAGCAAUACAAAUCAUAUAAUAAGUAACAUUAGUGAAAAUGUAAAAAUUGAUAAUAGGGAGAAGUACAUGAACCAUGCUACCACCAACAAUGUUACCUAUAGCAACAAUAACCUUACCACCAGUAGUAAUAAUCGUACAAACAAUAACAGCCAUACAAGCAAUAACAAUCUUACCAGUAAUAGCAAUCUCACCAGUAAUAGCAAUCUCACCAGUAAUAGCAAUCUCACCAGUAAUAACAAUAAUAUCAGUGGUAAUAACCAUGUAAGCGGUAAUAACUGCCAUAACAAACAGAACGUCGGAGAAAAUAACAACAUAAUAGACAACAACAAUACAUGCAUCAUAAAUAACAACAAUACGAAUUAUAUCACCAUUAACAAUCACAAUAAAAAAACACUUUACAAAAAUAAAUCGCCAUCCAAAUCAUCGUCAGGAAAUAUAUUUAGAAAGAAAGUUAAUAUUUUAAAAAAAAAUUCGAAGCAAAUUACAAGAAACACAACGCCCAUGCAUAUGCAUAAUAGCUUAAAUAUAGACAUACUUAAUAGUAUGAGUGGCAUGACUAGGAUGAAUGAAAACAAGGCAUAUGGAGACUCAGAAUAUAUUUCGAAUUCAGGGGAAAUUGUGUACAGAAAGAAAUAUACAACGGAGAAUAUAAGCUUUUAUGGCAAUGACAGAAUGCACAUUAAAGACUAUCCGGAAAAUCCCAAAUCAUGUUUCGUAAAUGCAAAUGUUGAAGUGCACCUGAAUGAUGAAUGUGGAAAUGUUUGUGAUGGGAACAAAGAAAAAGACGAGGGAAUUAGCAACGAUGGAAAAAUCAAUGGAAGCGGUGUUCCUAGCGACAGCAAUGUUCCUAGCGAAAGCAAUGUUCGAAGUGAGGGCAAUGUUCCAAGCGAAAGCAAUAGUCUCAGUGAGAUUAUCAUUCCUGACAAAUGCAACACCCUAAGUAGAUGCAGCAACAAUGUAGACGAAAACACACUGGACUCGACCGAGGUCUACCUUCCAAGUGAAGCACAAAAUGUAAAUUCUCUUUACGAAAUGUAUAUGAACGAACGAAUUGAGAGGCAUAGCAAUGUACCUGAGAAUAAUGAUGUACAGGAAAAUGAAUUCCAUUAUAAGCAAGAUAUAAAAAAGGACGAAACUGUAUGCAAUAAAUAUAGCAUAAAUUUUAUGAAUGAGAAAGUUUAUGAAAAAGAAAAUACAACAGAAAAUAGGUGUGAAAAAAAUGUUAUGAAUUUUAUCCAGGAUGAUAUUAAUAUGGAAUCGCAAAAUUGUGCAAAUAAUAAUGCACAAGGGAUAGUAUAUAAUAAUACGGAAAAUUAUACAUCUGAUGAUGUCCAAAAUACAAACAAUACAGAAUAUGAAGAAAAUGAAGGUGAAUAUAUUCAUAAUAAAAGUUACGUGAGUAAAGAAAAAAAUGUUACGAAAAAUUCGUACGAAGGGGAAGGGGAAACAAUACAAAAGGAAGGCAAUAAUGAACAAGUAUCUAACAUUAUAAAUUCUGAAGAUAAAAAUAGUGUUACUAAUAUGCAGCAUCAGAUGUAUGGAUUAGCGAAUGAAACAUACGAAGUGAACCAAUUCUCCAACGAACAUAUGAAAUACUUCGAUGAAAUGAACCUUGAAAAAAAAAGUAAUGACGUCAUCAAAUUUAGAGAAUAUGUAGAUACUGAAACCUUCAGCAACAACCAAAUUAACAUGAUGAAACACGAUAAAAAUUAUAUAAGUGAUGAGAAAAAUCACAUGGAUGUAAAACAUAAUGAAGAGGUGCUAGAAUAUGUUAGAAAUGUUUUCAAUAAAUCCGAUACUAGUGAUAAUAGAACUGGAAUCAAUAGUAUAAACGACAAUAAGGAUGAUCAAAAGAAGAACUUUAGAAAUAUUAUCCCGAAUGAACAAGAGGAAAAUUCAGACAAUUUAAAAAAAAUAAAUGACACAGAUUCGGAUUCUCUAACCACAAAAAUAUGUGACGAAGGAAGGAAAAUAAAAUUACAAGGUAUUAGCUGUUUGCUUAAUGGGAAUGAAGAUAACAGAUGCAAACAGCAAGAAAAUGGAAAAUUAUAUGAGCACGAUAAUGAAAUCAAGAAUAGUAGUAAGGGCAAUCGUAUAUCUUAUGAACGUUCUAACACAAUAAUGACCUAUUACAAGAAAACGGAUCAAAGAAAGAGUAAUGAUCCCCAAUUAUAUAAUUCCUUCGACAGCAGCAAUAAUAAUCUAGAUGGAAAUGUAGAUGUAAACGCCAAUUUCAGUGGAAGUGGUUGCACUAUUUACACUAAUACAUUAACACACAACAGCAGGGCGGACAGUUGUCAAGACAUGGACAUGAUAAUAAACAUAAAAGAUUUGUUUAACACGGAAAAUGAUAAAUGUGAUUAUUACAUCAAUUUUUUAGAAAAUGUUUUGAAUGCAUUGAAGGAAAAACGAUCAUGUAGAGCGGAUGCAUCAGAUCUGAUAAACGAAUUUAAAUUAAAUGUAAACAAACACAAAGGUAUUGAAAUUAUGAAAAAAUAUCCAAAUUAUCCAUCCAAGGAUAUGCUACAGCCCUUCUGUGAAGACAAAAAUAUGGCUAUAAAUAUUUAUCGGAAUAAGAGUAAUAAAUGCACCGACGAAUUUGAUAAAUUUUCUAAAUACCCGAAAAAACUCCUUUUCGAAAAUUGUCUUCAUGAUUACAACAAGCAGAAACAUUUGGGGAUAAAGAAUAUCCCCUACAGUUGUAACAAUAUAGCAACUGAUUCUGGUGCAAUUAAUGGUUACACCAACAAGGAUAUUAAUGACGAUAUCAUUAGUCGAUACAAUUAUAAUGUUCCUUUUAAAAUUAACCACGAAGCUUAUGGUGAAAAUGUGAACGCACCAAACAGUAUUCAUAUCCAUUUCGCAAACAAGCCAUGCCAUGAGAGAAAAUUCAGUGGAGAACGAAAAAUGAUGGCUCCAUUUUUGAGCAAAAAAAAUGAAAAGAAAAAAAAGAAAAAAGAAGUGGAUGAAGAAGUCUCAUCGAAAUUGAAUGUAAGCAAUAAAACAAUAAUUACAAAAAAAUUAGAAACGGUAAAAAUAGAUCAUGCAAAGGAACCCAAUAUAUUACAAGAUAAUGGUUCAAACGAAAGCAGUAGCAUCAAUAAUAAUGUGGAAAAUAUGGAACCCAAAAUGAAGUACGCAAAAUUAGAUGAUCUAAAUAUUCCUAUUGUCAAAAUGAAUUAUAUGGAGAGAUAUUUUGAAUAUAGUGAAUCUAUUGACAAGCUAGCUCUUAACAACAUAGAUGCACUUAUAAAAAAUAUGACGGUUAUAAACUUUUAUAAUGGGAAAAAUAAAAAUAGUAUUAAUUUUAUUAAAGGAAAUUUUCAAGUACACUUACUAGAAUCCUAUACAAACAUUUUACUUUAUUUUGACAUCUUUAACGAUUUCAGAAAUUACAACUUUAUUUAUAAGAAUUGUGAAUUUAUUAACACCUUGCUAGACUAUGUAUGUGAUACCAAAACUGAAAGUAAGAAUUUUAGUUCAGAUAAUUCACUCAAUGAACUAUCAAAAAAUAUUAUGUUGUUUGAUGAAAUUUUUAGAUUAAAUAACAAACUAAAUGAAUUUUUUAAAGAUAUCUUCUUAUCUAUAAAUGUGAAGCCCAAUUUGUUUUUUUUCCCAUCUCCGGAUUAUUUCGUGAGAUUCUACUUGCAUCUGAAUAACCAAACCGAUACUUUAGAUCAAGGGAACAACAACAACAAGAGGACGAUGGAGGUGCACAAGGAGCAGAAGGAGGAGGAACAACAACAACAGCAAGAAGAAGAAGAAGAAGAAAAAAAAAAAAAACUUGAAAUGAAUCACCCAGAUAAGAUUAAUUACCAGGACAUGCCUUUAGGAGAAAAUGAUUGUCAGAAGAACAUGGGUAGUAAUGACGCGUUGAAGGACUCUGAUGAGAUUCAGAAUAUGUACGAGACGAGCGAAAAGGUUUGCCAAGAAGUUAACCAAGAGAUUUUCGAACAAACUAGCCAAAAUAUCAUCCAAGAAGAGGUUCAAAACGAACUGAGUAAUGAGUUGAAUGAGGAAAUGGACAACUAUGGAAGAAUGACUCAAGAAAGAGCUAUUUCCGUUCCACAGGAAGAAACCAUUUCAGCUCAAAGAGCAAUAGAGGAAGAACAAGAACAAAAACACCCCCCAGAGUCUACGCCACAUUUAUCACAACAAACAGAAGAGCUAUUUGUUCAUUGGAGGAGAAGAAAUAAUAAAGAUCAAGAUCGUGAUGAUCAUUACGAGGAUAAGGAACAUGUGCAAAUCAUUGCAACUUGUAAGAAUGGUGACGAAAAUAAGACUCUCGCACAUGAAAAAAUGCAGAAUAAUAUUCAUUUAAGAGAAAAUUUAUCAGCCAUAUAUCAUGAUAGAAUUAUCAGUGAUAAUGAACCUAACCCAAUAUGCAGUUUCAAUCCCAAUAUACUGAAUCCGCAGAAUUGUAUAGAGGGAACAAUUAGUAAUAUUGAACAAUGCAAUUUGAACACACGUUCAGAUUAUAUUUGCAAGAGCUCAAGUGAGAACAUGGAUUAUGUACCCAAGAAACAGAAUGACAUCACUGGGGAUAUCAUUUCGAAUGAUAUUGGAAGAGAACACUCAUCUUAUCAUGAAGAUGUUCAUUUGGAAUCCAUUUGGGAAAAGAAAAAUGAAAAUUUUGUCUUGAAUAACAAUAUGAAUUGCUUAUCCCAAGUUUACAUUAACAAAGAACAAAGCAACACAAAUGAUGAAUUAGCAUUUCAGGAUGUAUUAAGUAUUCAAGUAGAAGAAGUAGAAAAGGUAGAAGUAGUAGAAGAAGUAGGAGAAGUAGGAGAAGUAGAAAUAGGAGAAGUAGAAAUAGGAGAAGUAGAAAUAGGAGAAGUAGAAGUAGAAAAAGUAGAAGUAGGAGAAGUAGGAGAAGUAGGAGAAGAAGUAGAAGUAGAAAAAGUAGAAGAAGUAGGAGAAGAAGUAGAAGUAGAAAAAGUAGAAGAAGUAGGAGAAGUAGGAGAAGUAGGAGAAGUAGUAAAAGUAGAAAAAGUAGGAGAAGAAGUAGAAAUAGAAGAAGUAAUAGAAGAAGCAGAAGAAGUCAUAGAAAAAGUAGUAGAAGAAAAAAAAAAAAAGGCUCAGAUCGAUGUGCCAAAUGAACAGAACGAAGAUGAUACUAUUGUUAAUUGCGUCGAGUCACGAGAAAAAUGUAAUAGUACUUCAUCUGAAGGUGAGAAAAAUGAUGAGAUUGUAGAACACGCAAUGAACGACAAACCCAAUAAGAGAAACUGUAGCAACAGCAGUGCAGCCACCGCUACAACUACCACUCCCAUUAUGAACAGCAAUGACAAUGCACAAAAUAUUUGCAAAGUUGAGACAGACGUGAAUACCUGCCAGGGGAAUGAUGUAUCCAAUGAUGAUUAUGAUGAUAAUAAUAACUCAGGUGAAAAUGUGUCUAACAGAAAUUCAUCUACGAGUUUAAGGAGUAAUAACGAUUCCUCGACUAAUGCAAAUAAUUAUAUUGACAAUGCGAAUAACACAAAGGGGAACAGCAAUAACAAUAAUGACAGUAAUUCUGCUGAAGGGACGAACACAUGCCCAGAUGACAAUUGUUCCUUGUUCAAACAAAAUGAUAACAUAUUGAAUGAAGAUGACAAUAAUUGUAACCUUCCUCUAGUUUCUAUUCUUAAAACGUGA